AUGACGGAUCAUUCGGUAACUCCUCAAGUCAACCCAACCAAUGCCAAACUCUUGGCUACCAAUGCUGCCUUACAAACGAAAAACCAACACAUGGCCGAAUUAGCAGCAAUGCAGAACAACGGCGAGGAAAAGAACGAUAAAAAGAAAGUCAAUGACAACCUCCAUGAGGAGCACCAAUCGGACUCGAACAAGUACGGUCAUACAACUGACAAAUGUGUGGUAGCCAAAGAUUUUUUGGAGAGAUUAGCGAGACAAGGCUUACUGGACAAAUAUGUCACUUCUAGGGGACAAAAAGAAGCAACAAGAAACACUGACAAACCAAGCUAUACCUCCGAGUAUAAGGAAAAAGGAACUUGGCACGGACCAGUCGAUGCUCCUACCUCCAAAGGAAUAAUAAAUUAUAUCUCAGGUGGUUUUGCAGGUGGAGGAGCAACUAAUACGGCCAGGAAAAGAAGUUACUGGGCCAUGAUGACAAUGGAAGGAUCUCGCCAGGAUACCCAUUCCUCGGCUCUAACAACCCAAAUCGCCUUCAGCAUAUCCAACUUUAAGUCACAAUGCCCGAACUUGGAUGACCCAGUGGUGAUUUCAAUCUGCACAGGGGAGCUAAUGGUCAAAAAGGUUCUACUGGAUCCAGGAAGCAGCGCCAACGUCUUAUUCUACUCCACAUUUAGAAAAAUGCAACUCAGCGACAAAGCAUUACAGCACUCGACCGGAAAAUUGGUAGGGUUCUCCGGAGAAAGUGUGCCUGUUUCAGGUUAUGUAUGGUUGAGAACGACACUAGGGGAGCCUUCAAACUCUAAAACUUUAGAUAUUCAAUUUCUAGUAAUUGAUUGUUCUAGCCCUUACAAUAUCAUUUUGGAAUGUUUGUCCCUUAACUCUUUUGGAGCCAUUGUUUCUACAGUUCAUUUCUGUGUUAAGUUUCCUGUGCAGGAUAACAUGGUGGCAAUAGUAUAUGCCGACCACAAAGAAGCUUGA